AUGCAUUCAUGGUUAGAUGGCGUUUUGCUUCAGAGUAAACUAGAUAAACUUACAGAAUCUAGUAUCGGAGAAGACGCUAUUUACAUUUCAGAACUUGAAAUAUCAAAAAGUUUAAAUGGAAUUUAUCGAAUCGCUUCGAUAUUAUCAAAAUACAUUUCGCAAUUUCCACGAAAAAGUCCUUUGUAUGCCGCUUUCAUUAAAGAAUUAGAUUCAUUGUCUUCAGAAAAAAAUUGUUUAUCAGAUUUAUGUACUGUAAUAUUGCAAAAUCUCAUAAAAUGGAGCGAAAAUAAUCGAAUUCUAUAUGAUCUCAUUGAUCUUGGAUGCAUUUCAGAAGAGGAUGUCGUUGCAGAAUACGCAGAAACUAGUAAUGGAUCAGUGAUGAUUCUUCCGAUACUUUUGAAAUAUGAUGUGUCCCUUUAUAGACGACUAUUUUUAUCGAAUGAUCUUAGAACAUACACUUCAAAACUCAAGCAAAAUCUUGAUAAGCUUGAAAACAAUAUUGAGUAUUAUAAAAGUUGUCUUUAUUAUAGAUCGUUGCCAGGAACUCCAGAAUGGGCAAUUAUAACUGAUGAUGUUGAUUUAUUAUCAAAUUUAUUCCCUGAUCCCCCUGAUUUUCUAUCAGAAUCAUUUACACGUGAAUUAAUAUCAACAACAUAUAUAUCAUAUCUUGAUUUUGCAGCUUCAAUAGGAUCUGUGAACUGUUUUAAGUAUAUGUUACAGAUGCGAUUGAAUAACCAAGGUCCAAUCUAUUCUGGUCGUUUACUCCGGCUAUCUUACAAUGUAAUAACAGGAGGAAACUUUGAAAUUUUGAGAAUUUUCCAAAAUGAGUGUAAUUUUUCAUUUAUUUCCGAUGAAUACAUUGACAAAUCAAUCUUAACAUUCAAUAAUGAUAUUCUCCGAUGGAUUUUAGAAGAUGUCGAAAUUUCAGAUCAAAUUUUAAAUCAAGCUAUCUCAGCAUGCCUCCAAUGUAAUAACAUUGAAGCUCUUGUCAUGAUACUUAGAUGGGCAGAAGGAAAUGGCAAGGUUUUUGAUAUAAAUCAAGCACAACUGUUUAAUACAAAAACUGAAGCUCGUCUGUUCUUUAAGCAGCAGAAAUUAUAUCCUAGUGCUCAUUUAGAAUUUGGAACUGAUAUUACUACUUGGUAA